AUGGAAGAAACAUUUGAAAGAAUUCGUGCUCAAAUUAAUUCAAAACUUGAUAAUCAAAAACAAAUAGCAAUAACAUUAUUGGCAAUAGAAGAAACCAUAAAGGAACAAAAUGCCAUAUUAAGUCCAACUUCUUACUUUGCAGCAUUACUUACAACAUUAGAACAGCAGCAAACUCGUUCAGAAGAAAAUGUAAUCGGGUCAAUAUUAUAUCUAUUAAAUAUCGUAUUAAAAGAAACCCCUUCAACAAUAUUAAAAAGUAAAUAUUCAACAAUCUUGUUGGUGUUAAAUGAUUCUUUGGAGUUGAGAAAAAAUGAUUCGGCCAUCAUAAGGAGUAUCAUUGGUUGCUUAGAAAAUUUAUUAAUUGUUCAAGAAAUAAUUAUUUGGCAACAAAUUCAAACAAAGAAAAAUUUUCAAAAUAUAUUAUUACUUUCUUUGGAUCACAGACCCAAACCACGGAAAAGAGUUCAUGAUGCUAUCAAAAAAAUCUUAAGUUCGAUAAUCUCAUCGAACGGGGGAAAAGCUGGUCCGAAUAAACAUCCUGCGAUUAUCAUGACAAUGGAAUUUUGUACAAAAGUACUUAAAGAAUAUAUUAAAACCGAUCAAACUUCCGUUAUAUACAUUUUAAAUUUAUUAAAAGGAAUAAUUAACAUAUGGCCGAUCGAUAACCUUUAUUCAUUAUGUGAGAUAUUAAUAUUUAUACCUAAAUGUAAUCAAAAAUAUUUAACCAUAUCAUCAUUUCAAUUAUUUGAAGAAUUGUUUCAAAAUAAUUCAAAAGGUUUCAUCCUUGAAGAACAUCAAAAAGGAGGUGAAGGGGUGGUAGAACAUCAUAAUGAUAGAUUUAAGGAGUUAUUGGUAGCAUUGAUGGAUUUAAUGCCGAAUGUUAAAGACCCUCAACUUUUACCUCAAUGGUUGAUGAUUAUAACAAGAGGGUUUCCAAUUUAUGUAGAAUGUAAUAAAGGGGAAAGUGAAAAGAUGUUACAAGAAUUUUUCAUAAGGAUUUUUGGAACAUUAGAAAGUGAUAAUUCUGAUAUCAUUAUAAACGCCACUUUAUGUCUUUGUGAAUUGAUUUCAUCUGGAAUUACCGAUGACAUGAUCCAACAAACGUUAAAUGAUAAAGAUCAAAGACGAGGUUGUUUAAAUGUUAUCAUUUCAACGGUGGAAGGUGGAUUCAUCAUAAAAUAUAAAAAUUCUUGGCCAGGGAUUUUAGAGAUUUCUAAAUCAUUAUUUCAAAGGCUUCAUCGAUCUUCACGAAAAUUACUCGUCAAUUUAUUAAAGAUCGUGACAGAUGUUAGAAUGGAUCAAUCUUUCGAAUUAAAAGAAGAAGCGGAUGCGGUGAUAGGUUUCGCUAUAGAAAAUAUGGGACCAAGAUAUCUCUUAAAUAUAUUACCAUUAAACUUGGAAUCACCUGGGAUCAAGAAUCAUACCGGUAGAGCUUGGUUAUUACCUUUGCUAAAGGAUCAUAUUGUAAAUUCAGAGUUGGAAUAUUUUUUAAAAGAAUUCCUUCCAUUAAGCCAAAGGUUGCAACAAAAAUCUUUAGAAUUUCAACAGCAAAAUCGUUUAAUCGAAUCAAAAAUUUAUGAUACUUUAGUACAACAAAUUUGGUCUUUAUUACCAGGAUUUUGUAAUUUACCAACAGAUUUACAAAAAAAUUUUAACAAGUCCCUUGGCGAAUUGCUAAGUAAUAAUAUGUAUCAAAAACCUGAUUUACGUCCUACUAUCUCUUUAGCUUUACAAAAUUUAGUUGAAAAGAACAAGUUAUUAUUGGAUUCUGAGAAAAAUGAUCAAGAAUUAAAAAAAUUAUAUGGUAUUGAUAAAAAUGACGCGAAGAAAAAUUUAGAAUUAUUGACAAAGUUUUCGAAUAAUUAUCUGGCAGUUUUCUUUAAUGUAUAUUCCCAAACAUCACCUGCUUAUAGGGGAUAUCUAUUAGAAGUGAUAAAAAUUUAUUUAACGAUCACUCCUGCAAAGGAUAUUACCACGACCUUUGCCAAAGUCUUAACCGGAUUGUUUUCUCAAGAAGAUUCAACGUUACAAAAGAAAUCUUACAAGAUAAUGAAUUCAUUAGCGGAAACCGAGAAUGGUAAAAUAAUGAUACUAAAUCAUAUUGAGGAUUUACAAAUUAAAUUAAGAAAUUCCACGAUGAAUUCAAAUUCGGCUUCAAAAAAAGAUAGGUUAUUAACGUUAAUUAAUGUGAUCAAAUUACUUCCUUCAUCGGACCUUCAUAUGAUACCUGAUGUAUUAUCAGAAGUUAUAUUAAGUACAAAAGAAGUGAAUGAAAAGGCAAGGAUAAAUGCUUAUGAAUGUUUAAUAAUGAUGGGGAAUAAGAUGAAACAAGGUGGAACUAUUAUUAUGACAGGAUUAGCGGCAACCACCCCUCACAUGAUAAGCGCCACCAUCACUUCCUUGUCAAGGUUAUUAUUUGAAUUCAAAAAUGAUCUUGAUAAGGAUUCUAUCCACAAGUUAAUUGAUACGAUGAAUAACUUUAUCAAUUGUCCUAAUCGAGAAAUUGUUAAAGCCGCGUUAGGUUUCGUUAAAGUGACAACGAUAUCUUUGGAUGUGGAUAUAUUAACUCCUCAUUUAUCUCAAAUCAUUCUCGGUAUAUUAUCUUGGUCAAAUGAACACAAGAGUCAUUUUAAAGUGAAAGUUAGGCACAUCUUUGAAAGGUUAAUCAGGAGAUUUGGCUAUGAUACCAUCGAACAACAUGUACCUGAAAGUGAUAAGAAAUUAUUAGUAAAUAUUAAGAAGAGAAGGGAACGCGCAAAAAGGAAAAAGGUUGCCACGGAAACAAGGAAGAGAUCAACUUUCAAUAGCGCUUAUGAAGAUGCUUUAUAUGGAAGCGAAAGUGAAUUGGAAGAUACUGAUGAUGAAAAUGAAGUGGGUGGCAUUAUUAAUAAAAGUGGUGAAAUUAAGAAGAAGAAGAACAAGGAAUCUUCAAAGAAAAGGAAAGAUGGUUCAUGGAUUCGAGAAGGAGGUGAUGAAAGUGGAGAUGAUGCACCGGUUGAUUUCUUGGAUAGAGGAAUAAUAUCAAAAGUUAUCGGAUUAAAUCCUUCCAAUACUCGAAAACAAAGAAAAGAUUUUUCAAAAGCAUUCAAAGAAACCCGUGAUGGUAAAAUGAUUAUAAAUGAAUCUGAUGAUUCCGAGGACGAAGGAGCGAAUUCUUCCGACGUUAUGAUGCAGGAAGCCGACAAUCACUUUCUAGAGGCUCAAAAAUCAGGUGAUGGAUUUAUUCGUGGUCAAAGGAAUAAAAUUAAAUUUAAAAAAGGAAAUAAGAAAAAUGAUGACAUGGAUCUAGACAAUAUCGAACCUAUCGACGCUAUCGCGUCAAGAAAUCAAAAGCGUAAAAAUACAAUAAAAAAUACCAAUAAAGUCAUUACGAUUGGUAAAGCAUAUAAAGCCAAAAAUGCUGGCGGUGACAUUAAAAAGAAAGGUCAACCCGAUCCUUUUGCUUAUAUACCCUUAUCAACUAUGUAUAGAAAACACAACCAAAAAGGUCCGAAAAUCUCUGUUACUUCAAAAAGUAAAAUACAAAAACGUAGGUAG